AUGGCUACCAGAUCAAUUUCACUCUCAAACUUCAACAAAUCAACCCUUCUCAUACAAAAUUCUUUUGAAAAGAUUCUCAAAUCUGUACAAGAGCUUGAAACACUUUCCCCCUCAAUCUUGUCAGUGAUACAAAUCAGAACUUUAAACAACUUCUCGAACCAGUUAGAAAAGAAACAUGAAGCCUAUGAAAAUUACCUGGAAAGAGCCUUGGAACAUAUAUCAGAAGAAUUAGAUUUGGAUGCAGUAAGUGACACUGAAGACAAACUGCGACUGCUAUUCGUCGAAGCCAAGUCUCGGAUUGAAGCCCUUCUCCAACAGCAGCCGCAAGAUGUUCCAGAAGAAAGUAAAGAUUCAACAAGAAUUAGUGACAUCUCAGCUUCAUCAUCUGCUCACGUAAGACUCCCAAAACUAGACCUCAUCACGUUUGAUGGUUCUCCUCUACAGUGGGUAAGUUUCAUCAACUUAUUUGACACUAGCAUCCAUCUGAAUGAAAGCAUUUCAAACGUCACUAAAUUUCAAUAUCUUCUCAGCGUGCUCAAAAAUGAACCACUAAAUCUCGUAAAAGCUUUCAGUAUCACUUCAGCCAAUUACUCAAUUGCCUAUCAGCUCCUCAGAGACAGAUACCACAACACCCGAAGGUUAACUACACUUCACCUCAACAAACUGAUCGACCUACCGGACAUUUCCUCUACCUCAAACAAAUGUCUCAGAACGUUCCUCAACUUGUUUUAUGAACACACAGAAGCACUUAAAGCUCUUGACUGUGACAUUACUUCUAACUCUAACCCUCUGUUGUCCACCAUACUCUUACGAAAACUAGACAAUGACCUUCUAAAACAACUAGAGGCUUUUAGAAUUAAUAUAAAAUGCGAAACACAUUCUCUACCAGAAGUAGUCGAAAUAGUCAAGUUUCUUAAUCAAGAGUGUAACCAAAUGGAAGACGCUGUGUUACAUACCAAGUUUGCUCAAAGUACGAACAACCACAAUUCAAAUUUUAAACCCAAAUCUUUCACAUCCAAGCCCUCUUUCAUUCAAGCUCAGAAAGUUACAAUGGUCUCUACUCCAACUCCAUCAAAUCAAGACAACUCAAAAAAUCCUUUCUCAUUUCCCUGCUUUGUCUGCUCAUCAACUGGCCACAAGGUUUAUGCUUGUCCUAGCUUUCUCUCUCUUUCUUCAAAUGAACGUUUUAAAACCGUAAAGGACAACAACAGAUGUGUCUCUUGCCUCGGAAAACAUGAUGUUAAAACAUGUAAGUCUAAAGCAUCUUGCUUCAAAUGCCACAAACGUCAUCACACCUUACUUCAUUUUGAACAUGACAAGACAUCUCAAGGUUCUACAUCAUCACAACCAUCAACCACUCAUGUUUCGAAUGAAAAACCUACCGUACCUCUUUGCUCACAGGAAGCCAGUCCUGCUAAUCAAAUCCCUAAAACUGUAAUUUUAGGCACAACACUGGUUAAAGUUACUGCUCAAAAUAACGUUUCUCAUGUGUUCAGAGCAUUGAUUGAUAGUGGCAGCAUGUGUGAUUUUAUUAGUGAAAAAGCUGCUCAACUACUGAAUGCACCUCGUUUCAAAUCCAACUUACAAGUAGUUGGUCUUUCUCAAUCUCCAACUCUCACAAAGGGUAUUGUGAACCUCACUGUUAACACACUGGCAGGAAAAUUAGUUGCAUCCAACCAUGAAGUGCACAUACUUGAUAAAAUAUCUGUCAAUCUCCCUAGAUCUCAAAUAUCACAAAGAGUUCUAUUGAAAGUAAAACCUUACCCCCUUGCUGAUCCCAGCUUCCACUUAUCAGGGCCCAUUGACAUGCUGAUUGGAGCUUCUCUCUUCCCUCUUCUUUUAACGAAUGAAAACUAUUCUCUCGGCCCUAACAUGCCUAACAUGAUGGGAACUCACUUUGGCUUUGUUGUUAUGGGGAAUGCACCUUGUUCAACCGAUUCCCAGCCUGCCAACACUCCAUCCAUCUCUCUGCUCUCAACGGUUGACAACGAAUUGCAUAACUCUCUACAGAAAUUUUGGAAAUUAGAGGAAUUAUCUGUACCCUCAAAGAUAUCGGUUGAAGAGCAACAGUGUGAAGAUCUGUUUAAAGCUACCCACUCUAGGGACGAAAAUGGCCGUUACUUAGUUCAGCUACCAUUUAAAGAAAAUCAUCCACCUUUAGGAUCUUCCAAACUCAUCGCAGAACGACGUUUUCACUCACUUGAACGACGUUUUACACUCUCUCCUGAUUUGUAUAAAUCUUACUCUGACAAUAUAAAUGAACACAUCUCUCAAGGUCAUAUGGUAAAACUACCUCAUCUAGAUAUCAACUCUCCUCACUAUUUCUUGCCACACCAUGCAGUUGUGAAACCAUCCAGUACCUCAACUAAACUCCGAAUCGUUUAUGAUGCAAGCUGCAAAACCAGCUGA